AUGGACAAGGACACAAACAACCUUUGGUCCCGUCGCACAAAUGUUGGAAAGCUUUCCCUGUCAAUGGACAAGUCAGACCGUCAAGAUGGACAAACAUCAUCAAGACGUUUUGGUCCCAAUUCCUCCCAUGGGCGCAACAACCCUUUCAAUACAGUCACACCAUUGAGUACUAGCGGGAUCUCGUCGCCUACCACAGGUGCUGCCUCGGGCGCUUUCGCCCUAGGUACUGGCGCCUUUGCUUCAUUUGGUUCUGCGACAAAGACACCCAAGACCCCAGGAACUGCCUUUGACUUUGCCAAAGCUGUCGUUGGCACAUCUUCGAUCACCAACUCUGCUGAGAAGAAGGACGGUGACGAGAAGAAGAGCUUUGCUAGAAAGGUCGCGCCUGUCACUACACCCCGCCCCACGACUUCACAAUCAAUAGAACCGGCACCAAGAGGCAAUGACAGCCCCUGGCCGCUCAAGUACACCUGGGUCAUCUGGUACAGACCCCCCACGUCCAAGAACUCGGACUACGAGAAAUCUACCAGGCCUAUGUGCAAGAUUUCGACAGCGCAACAGUUCUGGCAGGUCUAUUCGCAUCUGAAACACCCGUCAGGACUUCCUACCGUUUCGGACUACCAUUUCUUCCGUGACGGCAUCAGACCUGUUUGGGAGGAUGAGGAGAACAAGAAGGGAGGAAAAUGGAUUUUGCGAUUGAAGAAGGGAGUCGCAGACCGCUACUGGGAGGACUUGCUCAUGGCCAUGAUUGGAGACCAGUUCGCCGAGGCUGGCGAGGAGGUCUGUGGUGCAGUUGUCAGUGUGCGCAGCGGUGAGGAUGUUUUCAGCAUCUGGACCAAGAACGAUGGCGGCAGGAACGUGAAGAUUCGGGAAACCAUCAAGCGCGUCCUGUCUCUGCCGGCAGACACCAACAUGGUUUGGAAAAGCCAUGAUGACAGCAUCACUCAACGCAGCGCCAUUGACCAGGCUCGUCAAGAAAAGACGGGCCACCACGGUGAAAGACGCCGCAACCAAAACCAGAGCUCGACCAACAACAACGGAACGAGCGAGGAGAAGGUCGCAGCCUAA